UAACGUUACUCAGUUACUGGUCGUUAUGGGCUGGUUGUUCUAAUCUUCAGAUAAAUAUAAAGUGAUAAUUUACCUAAUUGGAUAAAUAAAAGAAUGAAAGAAUAAGAACAUAAAGAGAGUAAGAGAGUAAGUCAGUGAGCUGAAGUUUGUCGAAAGGUAGAACAAUCCAGUCUGUAAGAAUUGUGAACAACCGAAGUCUCUGCUCUCCGAGGAGGUUAUCGUUGGCUCCUUCGAUCCUUCUUCGUCGCAGGUACUAUAAUCUUUCGUAGUGACUUGAAAAUCCAAAUAGGUAUCUUAAGAAGAAAAAUUUCGCAGAUCUACGAAAUAGCUGCAAGUGAAAAUCACGCGAAACUGCUGUAGAUAUUCAUAGUAUUGACGGUAUUGACAUAAUCAAAAUGUCCAACAUAUUUAAUUUAUUGGGCGGGCUUGCUGAACCUAAUGAAGGUCAAAUAAAGCCCAUUGCACGAUCUAGAACAUCUCACGAGAUUAGAUCUUUUAAGACAAUGGGAGGUGCAAAACCGAAGGGACUAUCAAUAAGAUCUAAUUCUGAUAUGAAUAUAUCUAAAAUACAGUCAGCCAAGAAAAGUAUUUAUGAUAAAGAACAGGAUUGUUCAAAGUUGAAAGCAACACAAAUGGAUAGUCAUGGAUGUCCAAUAUCUCCAGGAAAGGAAGUAUCAGCAAAGAAAGAGAUUGUACAGUUAUCAAAGAUUAAAGAGUGUGCUCUGAAGAAGGAUAGUACAAUUAAUAAAUAUACAAAAAAACAAUUAAACGAUAGUGUUUUUAAGAAGCCUUUACUGCCUAAGAAGAAUAUCAAAAGGUUUCCAAAACCGGAAAAAUUGGCGCAUUGGUAUGACAAUCAACAUGAUUUUGAUUAUGGAUACAUUGAGGCUGUUGAAAAAGAAUUUAAAGAUCUAUUCUCCAAGGGGAAAGAGAACAUAAAACCUUGUGAAGACAACGUACUAUCAGAUUCAGAAACUUUGCUCUUGCCAGAUAUGAUGAAGCUUACUCCUGAUAAAACUUUCGAUAAAGAACACGAGAAAUAUUUAUCUCCUAACUUACUCGAAGUAUCUGAUAUAUCUGAUGACGAAAAUCCGUAAUGAUGAUUAAUGAUAAGAAUUAUUUUAAUAUUGUAAUUUCGUAAUUUCUUUUAUAAGAAUAGAUAAGA